AUGGAGGGGCCGAAAACCCUGGGCCCCUGCGGCCACUCCCACCCCCAGUGUCCCCCAGCCCCAGCCUCGAGCAGCCACGGAGGAUGCCUGGAGCAGCCCUGCCAGGGAUUUGUAAGGUGGCCCUGCCUGGUCCCUCUCCCCUCCGCUCACUCCCUGGAGUCCACCAGGCCGUUCCCAGCCCCAGGGGCAGCAGUCGGGGGAGCCGGGGUGGGGGGUGAGGACCCCCGGCUCUUCCUCUCCAGCCAUGAGGGAGAGACUCAGCAGCAGCGGGCCAGGGAGCCAGCUGGGCCAAGCCACGAAGUGGAGGAGGGGCUGGGGUGGGGCUGGCCCCUGCACCCGGAGCCAGAGCAGGGGGCGCCCAGGCAGGGGGGGAGCCCCAGCGCGGCGCCCAGGUCCUGCACCUGCCCCUGCCCGACCCUGCCGCCAGGGGGUGGGGCCCCGGCCCCGCCCAGGGCAGCCCCCUCCCAGCUGCCCAGCCGACCGCUGGGUUCCGCACAGCAGCCUUUCCUACAGCUGCAGCAGGAGAACCAGAGCCUGAAAAGGCAAAACCAGGACCUCCGGGAGCAGCUGGGGGCCCUGCUGGGGCCCGGGCAGCCGUUCCUGCCCCUGUGCCCAGAGCAUUCCAGCUGCAGCGCCCUGACCUGGCCCCCCGAGCCCACCAGUGCCCGGCCUCCGGAGGACAGGGCCCCUGUGCAGCUGCUGCGGCAGGAGGUGUGCCGGGGGGAGGAGGCCUUCGUGCAGCGGUCCCAGAACGAGCUGCAGCAGAUCCGCCUGUCCUUUGAGAGGAAAAAGAUGGCCAUCACCGAGGUGUGGGACGGCGUGGCUGAGGUGCACAUGGCUCUGAACAACCAGGCCACCGGGCUCCUGAACCUCAAGAAGGACAUUCGGGGCGUGCUGGACCAGAUGGAGGGCAUCCAGUUGGAGAUCCUAGGGGAGCGGGCCCAGUGCCGCACCCAGGCCAGGAAGGAGCAGAACUUGGCGUGCGCCGCGAAGGGGAGGCCCCCGCUGGGAUGCUCCGAGAGCCUCAAGGACCAGCUCUGGCUGCUGGCCCUGAGGCUUCUGCUGGGCGCCCUGCUGGCCUGCACCGCCGCCUACGUGUACGUGGUGGACCCGGCGCCCUUCGAGGGGCUGGUGCCGCCCCUGCUGAGCCGCGCCGCCGUCUGGAAGCUCCGGGCCCUGCUGGGCCCCUUCCUGCGCCUCGAGGUGGACGACUUCCUGCCCUUCUAG